GCUCCUCCCUUCGUGUCCUGCUCUCAUUUUCUUCCCCAACACCCUGCUGAGGAGCGGCCUACUUCUAGGCCUCCAUACACAAAGUCAACAACUGCGCCCCCUGGGUCCCCAGCCCAGGGCCUGCCGCCCUCACCAUGGUGAAGCUGCUGCCUGCCCAGGAGGCAGCCAAGAUCUACCAUACCAACUACGUGCGGAACUCUCGAGCCAUAGGUGUGAUGUGGGGCACGCUCACCAUCUGCUUCUCUGUGCUGGUCAUGGCUCUCUUCAUCCAACCCUACUGGAUCGGUGACAGCGUUAACACACCCCAGGCAGGAUACUUUGGCCUUUUCUCCUACUGUGUGGGCAACGUGCUGUCGUCUGAGCUUAUCUGCAAAGGAGGUCCCCUGGACUUCUCCUCCAUCCCCUCCAGAGCCUUCAAGACAGCAAUGUUCUUCGUGGCCCUGGCCAUGUUCCUCAUCAUCGGCUCCAUCAUUUGCUUCAGCCUGUUCUUCGUCUGCAACACGGCCACGGUCUACAAGAUCUGCGCCUGGAUGCAGCUGGCUGCAGCCACAGGUCUGAUGAUUGGCUGCCUGGUCUACCCCGAUGGUUGGGACUCAAGUGAGGUACGGCGCAUGUGCGGGGAGCAGACGGGCAAGUACACACUGGGUCACUGCACCAUCCGCUGGGCCUUCAUGCUGGCCAUCCUCAGCAUUGGCGACGCCCUCAUCCUCUCCUUCCUGGCUUUCGUGCUGGGCUACCGGCAGGACAAGCUCCUCCCAGAUGACUACAAGGCCGAUGGAAAUGAAGAAGUCUGAAGCAGAUGAAGGGAGGAUGGGUUGUCUGUUGCCCAGAUAAUGGAAAAGUAGGGAAUCUAAUUCUUCAGAGAUAAUAACGUGUUCCUUCCAAGCUUCCUUGACCCUGGCUCCUAUAACCUGGAAACUUCCCAUUGUAGGAUUCCAGUCUGCCGUCUCCUGAGACCAGAUCUCUUCCUUGCAUAUGAGAACUCUCUUCCUGAAGCAGAACUGCAGUGACCCACAUCAAGGACAUUCAGAAAGGCUGAGUGGUAUGACUGACUGGAGACCCAAGAUCUCUGCCUGCCCCUCACACCCUAACCACCCCCCAACAGCCUAAUAACCAGGGGCACACUCCUUUGAAGAUGCACACAGAAACUCCAUUCAGAAACUGUCCCAAAUGCCGAGGUGGCUGUAAACCUGCUGAAUCACCGCAGAUUGAGGCUGAAUCUUGCUUUCUCACAUGUUAUUUCUUUAUUGCUGUUCAUAGGGGCACGGAAUGAACAGGCCAUAGGAACCUAAAUCCUUUCAUAUCCAUGAGGAAGUCCAAUAAAGAUUGAAUAGGUAUAGGCUUGAGACUAAGUUGGUCUUAACUAGAAAUCACAUUGCCUCCCAGUGCUCACGCUGAUCCAACUGUUGAUCCAACUGAACUUAGCCCACUAGCAGCUUCAGAAAGUUACCUACACAUUAAAUUACAAGGAUAAAUAUUUGUCAAAACCGGGAUUUGGCACACGAAAUGGUGAAAGCUUCUUCUGCCAACCUUCACAGGGAACUCAAUUUUAGUCACACACUUCAUUGUAGCAAAUGCCAAGGCAGAGAUAGGUUUUUUAAAAAAUCAUUUUAUUGGGGGCUCGUACAACUCUAUCACAAUCCAUAC